AGCAGUUUCCUGAGGCUGUGCUCUGUCUUCUGAGGAAGCAGCAUGGAGGAGACGGUGAGAGAUCGUCUGCUGGGAACCCUGGAAGACCCAGGAGAAGAGUUUGAGACAUUUAAAUCCUUCUUGCAAGUGAAAUUCAGUUGCAAGAAGGCUCUGGAAACAUCCCCUGGAGCACCCUGCAGGUGGCAGACCCCAGAGACCUAACUGACGAGCUGCUCCAUGGCUCCAAGGAGGACGAUGGGGUGGAGGUGACUAGGGAGGUGCUGAGGGCCAUAAGCCAGCAAGACCUGGCAGAGAGAUUGACAAAAACAACAGGAUCUGAGAGAAGGAGAGCACUCCAGGACCUCCUGUCCAAGCUGAAGAUGGACCAGCACAAAAGCACAAAGCUGGGGUUGAGGGAUCUUCAGGAAAUCAACCCAGAAAGUCUAAAAGACUGGACUCCUCAGGCAUUAGGGGAUUUACCAUGGCAUUUUCUGAGGAAGGUCAUGGCUCUGAAUGGGAUGGCCAGAAAUGCAAACUUUUGGCGGGGAGCAACUGGUGACCAAGCCAGCAGUGAGGACAAUGGUGGACAAGGUGACGGUGGCAAUAUUCUUCACCACAGCAACUCAGAUGCCAGAGCUUCUCUGCACCCCCUCGACAUUCUCUGUGCUGUUCUGCUUUGCUCAGACAGUUUCCUACAGCAGGAGAUCCUGUCCAGAAUGUCCAUCCAGUUUGCCCUCCCUCUGCUGCUACCUGCCCUCGACACCCCCAAGUGCACCCUAAUGCUGUGGGCCAUGAGGGACAUUGUGAGGAAGUGGAGGCCGCACUCCCUGGCAGAGAGCAGAGGGUUCAGAGAGGGGAGCCUGGUGCUCACAGCAAUGCCAACAAUUUCCUUUGUGCAGCUGGGGAGCUGCAGCUUCUCCAAGUCCAAACUCCUCAAUAUGGUUCUCAGCCUCUCCCAGCAGCACCACGAUUUCUUCAUCCAUCGGGACAUGGAGUCUGGGAACAUCCCUCAGGAAAUGGCAGAUGGGCUGGUUGAGAUUUCCUGGUAUUUCCCUGGGGAGAAGGAGAGUUCAGAUCUUUUCCCAGAGCCUGUCGCAGUUACAAACCUGCGCAGAGACAUUGAGUCGCACUGGCUGCAGUUCAGCUUUUUAACACAGGUCUCCUCAGCAGUGUUCAUAGUUACUGAGAGCAUCAGUGAGAGACAAUAGGCACUGUUAUCAUCCCUGCAGGGAUCAGCCACUAAAUACAACUUCAUCCUCAAUUACGAAUCUGGCAAAUGGAGUGAAACUCAGGAAUUCCUUAAUAAAUUAACCCCAGUGCUGAAGCUGAACAAAUUCAAUGUGCUGGAGAAAAGCAACAGCACAAAUGAGACAGAAUUUGUAGAAAAUCUCCAGCGCAUGAUACGAAGCAUAAUGAACUCCUCUAACAAGAGAGUAAAUAUGAAAGACAUGGCUAUGGCAGCACGUGAAUUAGGUGUCCAGGUAGAUGAGGACUUUAAGGAAUGUCAGAGCAGACGCAAGUGGGCUAGAGAAAUUACCAUGAAUAUGAGAGAUGUGACCAAUUGCAAGGCAGAAAUGCUGAAACUCCAAGGAGAUCUGUGGAAUACCAUGACUAAAGUAGAAAAAGAGCUGUGCAGAAUGAAAGAACAAGGAACUGUCCCUCCUGAAGACUAUAAAAUGCAGCUGAAAGAAAAAUUGUCAGAGCUUCAUGCCCAGCAAAAUAGUUGUGAGCUUAACGAUGGGCUGAUUAAAUUUAUCAAUGGACUAGAACAACUGACUGCAGUGGAAAAACAUCACUUCCUCAAAUGGCUGAAAUAUACUCUGGAUCACAUUGCUAAGGAUGAACAUUCCACGUUACAAGCUCAGUAUAAUGCUUUGGCAGGUGACCCACAACAGCUAGAAGAACUGGGUGAAUUAAUCUCUGCCAGUUCCUUGGUUGUGGAGGGCAGAGCACUGGGAAAUCCACCCUCCUCAACACCACGUUCGGCCUGCAGUUUGCAGUGAGCAGUGGCCGAUGUAUGCGAGGAGCCUUCAUGUCCCUCAUUCAAGUGGCAGAGAACUU